GUUAGUCCUGUAAGUUUCGCGGAAAGAGGAACGACUGGGAAUGAUUUCAUAUAUAAUAGAUAGUCUAUGGCUUGGCAAUAGCCACCAGGAAUAGUAGAAGUCUAUGGUUGACUGCUUGCCAAGACUAGAAAUGGUGGCGAGGCGAGUGUUCCGGAGUGCGUUACGCUGUUCUUUUUGUCGUAUUUUUGGCAGGUUCAUGUAUUACGUUUGUGAAUAAUUGUGCAAAACAAUGCCGAGAACUAAGUCUAGGCGAAUUUCUGUGAUGUCAACGUAAAAAUCCAAGUCCCUCAACGGCGGAUAAAGUUUUAUCAGGUCAUCAGUGUUGUCCUAUGAGUAAAAUUUUUGAAUAUUGUAAAAAUGGCAGCAGAAUACAGUAGAAACGUAUUAAGAGUAGUGGUGGCUCAAAUAUGCCAAACGAUCGGAUGGCACUCAAUAAAUUCUACGCCGCUGGAAUUCUUGGUCGAUCUCAUGCAAGAGUACCUAACGAGGACAUCUAAAUUGACUCACCAAUAUGCCGAAGUCUUGGGAAAAACCGAACCGAACCUCGAUGAUCUUGGAUUAGCCUUUCAGCACAUGAAUAUAGACAUUCAAGAACUAGCAGAAUACGUUAAAAAUGUUGAUUCAGUCCCAUGUGCCAUCGAGGUACCUAAAUUUCCUGUACCUCGCGAAAGUCAUAUGAAUUUUUUGAAGCCAGGAAGCAGAGAGGUCGUUACUAGGCCUGUUCAUGUUCACGAACACUUGCCAGCUAUGUACCCUGACACAGAAGAUGAAUAUCCUCCAACUAAAUCUGAAAACCCAUCUGAAACAACUCCAGAAGUAACGCCUUUAAACGGCUCUCCACCUGACGGAUCGGCGAACAUAUCGCCACAAAGUACGUCGCCACAAGUGGUUUUCAAACGCCCUGGAGAUCCAGUGUCUCUUGAAAGUCCAAUAGCUAAGCGACCAAGAGUAGUCGAGGAAGGUAGACCACUGCGUGAGAUUCAUAGUGUGAUGAUGACUACUUCAGGGUUUUUGUCCCCUGCCAGGGAGGGGAAACUUCCCGAAGCUCGAACACCUCAACAAGCUCGAUCAGACUCUCCGUCGCCAAGCUCGUAUCCAAUGGUUCCCCCUGAAUUGAAUUCCGACAAAAAGCCAAAGAAAAUUGUGAAUAAAAAGAAUGGAGAAGAUAGGAAACUUGAUAAAGAAAAUAAGAAGAAGGACAGAGCGAAGGAGCUCUUUAAACCAGAUAAAAUUGAUGAUAGUAAAGUUAAAAAAUUAGCUGGCAUGAAGGAACUUGCCAAAUUGAAAGCCCUAAAGCCAGGUGGUGGCAAGAGCCAAACAGGGAUAGCUGGUCCUUCAGCAAGGCCUUCAACACCUAAACUUUCACCUCCAAAACCUGCCGGGAGUCCGAAGCCUCCUAAAGUAGUGCAGCCAAAAAUGAAGCUAGAAAAAUCUGAACCAACGAACAGUAGUUUGGUGCAAGAAAGGAAAGAAGAGAAGGUAGACAAGUUACCGUCCGAGCCCGACAAACAGAAGCUCAAUAUUUUCAAGAAAAUCUCAAAGCCCCGGGACGAUAAAGAAAAAGAUACUCCGGAGAAUAAACACAAGGAUUUGGACUCGCGUGAAAGUUCGCCAGGUUUGAUAAUCGACGAGAAUAUCGAGAAGCUGAACAGAAAAAUUGACGCAGAGGCGAAAACUGAGGAGAAGAAGACACCCCAUACACCCGAUGUACAUGUACAACCUGAUUCCGGGGAUCCAACUGGUCUUCAAAGCCCAUCCUCUGACAUCUACAUGUUCGAUGAUAUGUCGCCACCAGGCACUCCUAGUACGCCUAAAACUCCAGAACUUAACGUACCUGUGGUUAUAGAUCAGAAAAAGAAACGGAAAGAGAAAGGAAAAAAGAAGGAAACCAAAUUAAAAAGUCCCAAGCAAUGCAUUAGUCCCAAAAAGAUCAAAAUGUCAAACGAUUUGGUGGAGCCGGAUACACCGGAGAGGCCAAAGACUCCGCAGGCACCAGAACCGCCACUUAGAGAAUUAGGACUGCCUCCGACAAUGCCGUUUCCAUUCUUUCCAACUUUUCCACCAGCUCCUGGUCUCAUUCCGCCUCCCAUUGGUCACCCAUUGUUUCCAAGGUUUCCUCUUCCACUGAGCAGAGGGGUGCCGCAUCCUGCAAUGCCUAAUUUACCCUUGCCCCCAAGAUUCGUUGGACUGAACACUAAAGUAGACGACUUUCCACCUCCAAAAUCUAAGCCUUCUGAACGGGAGAAACCGCUUCCUAUACCAGCGGUGCCCAGCUUACCUAUCCCACCAGCAAAGCCCGAAAAAGUGGAAAAAGAGAAACCCGAGAAGAUCCCGAAAAUCUCUAAACAUGACAAGGAGUUUGUGGCGCAACCCAUCACCCCAACCCUGCAACCUUCGAAUUUAGUUUUACCAGUAAUAAAUAAUAAUUUUGUGACCAAUUCUUCUUUGCUCACACCAAAGAGCCCGAAAGUUGAUAAAAUUGACAAGAAAUUGAAAGAGCACAAGAAAGAGAAGAAAGAUAAGCUGAAAAAAAAGAAAGAGAAGAAGGAAAAACAUAAAGAGAAGGGAGAGAAAAAUAAGGAGAAAAAAGAAAAGGGCGAGAAAAAGGAAAAAGCUGAGAAGAUUAAGGAAAAGCGAGAAAAGAAAGAAAAACGCAAAGACAAAGACAAAGAGGAUAAAGCCGAAGGUGUGCCUAAAAUCACGUUGAAACUUGGUCCAGCGUCUCCUAGACCACCAACACCUGAUACGACACCUUUGACGAAAAUAACGAUAAAACCACUGCUUAAGAAACCUGACGACGAAGUUAAACGCGAGCCGAGUCCUGAAUUGGCUAAGAUAUCAGCGUUAAUAACUAGGCCACCGAAGCAGAAGUCAACAAGUAAGAGAAUGGAGGAUGGGCUUUUAGACGUCAGCCCUACCUUUUCUUCUGAUAUCAAUGUUACGGCCCAUAUUUCCUCAACUCCAACACCUCGGGCUAAAAAAUCCCUAUUCAAAACACUUCCGCCCAGAGAAUCUUCAGUUUUAUCCUAUUCCAAAACACCCGAUAUUCCAAGCCCUAUGUUACUUCAGCAGCAAGCAUCGUUUUACUUCGAUCAAGAGGGAAGACAAGUAUGGAUAUGUCCUGCUUGUGGAAACCAGGACGAUGGUACUCCUAUGAUUGGAUGCGACGAUUGCGACGCUUGGUAUCAUUGGGUUUGCGUAGGUAUGCAAGUACCGCCUGCAAAGAACGAGGAUUGGUAUUGCCGUUUGUGCAUAGCUAAAAAGCAAGAGCUUCAUCAUGACAAGAAGAAAAAGAAGCGUAAGAAAAAGGUGAAGGUGACUGCCUAGUAUAAGCUAACCGGGCCUGGUGCAAGGCCCGGUUUACCCAGCCAAUCUACAGCUAAAGUGAAGCUAAAGGGUGGCAACAAAAUUAGCAUGAAAGGGGUUGGUAUGAAGGGAAAAAAGGUGUCCAAGAAGGAACUCAAAGUACAGAUGAAAGGGUUUAAAACAAAAACUGCAAAGCCUAAAACAAAGGGUAAAAAGAGCGGAUUGAAAAUGCAAACAACAGUCAAGAAAGGAAAACGACUUAAAGACAUUGCCGCAUUGUAGAAAAGUACAAAGACGAAGAAGAAAAAUAAUGGUGUUGAAUAUUAGACAUAGUUAGCUUAAAUUUCAGAAGGAUUGAACGUUAUUGUUGGGUUCCGUUGUUCAGUCAUUAGGAAAUAGAUCGUAGCUGCACAACUUUGGCAUCUUUGGUCUCUAGUUAUUCAGAAAAGUUUGUUCUAUCACCAGCCUAUAAUUUCUUAAUAUUGUGAUGAGGUUGAAAUCAGUAACGUUAAUUUUAUAAUAAAUGUUUAAGAAGAAUAGUUUUUUCGCAACUUUAAUUUGGUCCGAAAUUGAGUAAAUCGUAACGAGGCAGAAACGUUUUCAUAUUUUUAAAACUCAACUCUUUCAAAAUCAUUCUAAAAUUGCAAAGUGAUGAUUUUUCUUCCUAACGUUUUAUCAAGGCAACGUACUAACUUUAACCUCAUAUAUCGGUAGGCGUUGUAAUUGGAGUUGAUUUUUUUUUUUUUUUUUAAUUUGAUAUUUUUGAAAAGACUAACAAUAAAUUAUGAAUUCCAUAUGUUUAGUUCUCCGUUUUUUUAACUCAAAAUUUACGAGUAGAACCAUUUAUAUUAACCUGAUAGAGGCAUCUUUGCUGAGUGAUCGGGGACCAUAAGAUUUAAAAUCUCAUCCAUAGUUGUACUUUCGCAAUUUUAUAAUGUGCGAGGUAACGGCUAAGAGGUUCCGACUGACCCGCAUUAUUGCAUCUGAGAUAAAUUGAAUCGAUGAAGUGAUCAAAUACUUCUCAAGAUAUCAUCAUAGUGAUUAAGGAUUUUUGUACAUAAAUUAAAGGUACUUGUUGAUACCUUUCGUUGAUUGAAUGAUUGAAAAUUAGUUGAAGAUUGUGAGAUAUUGUUGUGUUAGAUGUUCAAUCGAAAUUUGAUUGAUUUACACCUAACCAGAGCGAUGAAAAAUUCCGAAAUUGUUGUUAGUUGCACUUACGAAGAGGAGAAAUCAAAAAAUGUGCAAGUGCCUGCAACUGUAAAAUUACUGCAUAGUUAUUUAUCAUUGGGAAUUUAAAAGUAAAAUUUUUAAAUUAAAAAAAAUAUUAAAAAUAAAAUGGAAUAAAUAAAUGGCACCGACAGCUUUUUUUAAUUCUCCUCUUCAUACGUGAAUACGAUUAUUCUCUUUUUGAUUUCUUUUCACACGAUCUAUUUACACAAGCUUUUGCGUCCGCUUGAGAUUGCAUCAGGAUAAAGUAUAGAAUAUUGUACAAAUUCGCAUAACAAUUUAAAGGUGUAACGGUUUUACGUUUACGGUCAUAGAAAACAACAGAUAUGUCACAUGAAUAAAAUGGAUCAAAUCCAGUCUGACCAAGUUUGGUUUCUAAUAAAAAUUUUAAAGUCCAUUUGCGGUCUCGUAACACUUAAUGUAAUGUUAUACCUAUACAUGAAUUAGAGUACAACUAAUUUUCUCUUUAAAAGUCAAAUUAUAUUCUACGUGUAUAUAAUAUAGUAGUAGUAGUAGUAGUAGUAAUAAUAACAAUAAUAAUAAUAAUCAUGAUGAUGAUGAUGAUGACGUUGACAAUGAUUGUAACAAUAGUAAUUAAAGUAACACUGAGCUAAUAUAAAUGAUUGGAAUUGGAAGAUAAUUUUUAAAAAUGUUUGGUAUAAUAAUAACAAUCUUUAUUUAAAAGAUACACGUCUGAGGACGACUCGAAUCAUAUAUCAUAAAAUAUCAUACUAUAGGUUGAAAGUAUAGUAUAGGUAUAGAAAGUAUAUGAAAUAUAAAGCAGUGUCGUAAGCUUAUUAGAAAAUCGACCAGCUUGAAACAAGACCUGUAUUUUCUGUAGCCAUACGAUCCGUACUUUAUGUGUAUUGCCCGUAAAAAGACACAUUUAUGGCUUCAGUUAUGCCUAUAUCAUAUAAAUAUAUUUAAUAUAACAAUACAGAAAAUUGACGGCACGAAUAUUUAUAUUCAAUUAUUUAUGAAUUCACUUGAGAAAUCAAUAGUCGAUCAACUACUGAUAAAAUCAUUAUUCGCAAUAUGUUCAGACUAUCAUUGGUGAUUAACAUAUGAUGGUUUCUUGAAUUGUUGAAAUAUAACAUUGACGUAUUACUUUUUUUGCAAAAGCUGAAUUUUGUGAACUAAAUUUUCGUUUCUACCUAUGAAUAAAUACGGGUUUUAUAUAAGUUUUAAAUUUAUUGCAGGACUUGUUCUAAUCAAUUUAUAGGUGAUUCGUUGUUUGCGAUAAUUUAAAGAGUCAAUUUAUCAUUGGAAAUUAUUUCCUAAAACUGUUUAACCAUAACAUUUCAUCUAUCAUAUACGUAUAUAAAUAUAUCUGCACGGGUAAUAACAGCCAGGAGAAACUAGUUAACUGUAAAGUAUAUAUUUUAUUGAUAUUACACUUUCGAAUGAAGUCCUUGCCCAAUUCUAAGAUUGUGUAUUAACGUAAGUAAACGUUUUACAGAAAUAUUAAUUAUGGAACAAAGAGUUCAAAAUUAUUGAUUUGAUGAAUUUGUAUAAAACAGAACUUAUUAUACGUAUA